AAUAUGUAGGUUAGUCCCUCCUAGUAGCUGCAGCUGAAUUUGUUUAUACUUCAUCACACACUGCUUCUGCAAUGCCAAUUCCACUCUAAAUCCAAGAUUGAAACCCAUAGCUAUAGCCAUGUCCACCACAACCCUACCCCUCUUAUCUCCCAACCUCUCUUUCAAACCCUCAUUUCAUCUCCGGCGCCAACCAUUCCCAUCGACGACCAGAGUCCAAUCCUUCAGUCCUCAAUUCAUACGCAGCCUCAUUGGGUUUUCACCCAAAGCACCCAGAUUCUCUUUGGUGAAGCGCUUCGCCACAAACGACGAUGAGAGCGGAGCGGGUGCUGCCGUUGGGGUGGAUGAAGCUGAGAAAGAGGCUCGAGGGCAGGGCACCAUGCCGGAGCGGUUUCGGUACCUCACUAAAGAAGCUCCCGAUCCUCCUGUUAGGUGGCCAUGGCUUGUGGUACUGGUUUUUCUCAUCUAUGCUUGGAGGGCUGUUCUAUUUGAACUUUCAAAUUGGAGGAAUGCUGCCUUUGCAAUUGUUCGUUUUAUAGGAUACGUCCUGAAAUAUGCUUUGGCAGUGGUCUAUCGUUUCAUAGGAAAUCCAAUCACUUUUUCAAUUAGAUCGUUUGAGGAUUCACUUUACGCCAUUCGCGCUUUUUACUCUUGGAUAAUCAACUGCGCCCCUGUACCAGACCUGACCAUCAUCAUUGUUCUUGCAUCACUUGUUUUAGCUAUUGCUGAAGCUGUUGUACCAAACUGUAUCAGCAACCAACCUUAUGUUCUGACUGUAUCCGGUCUCAUCGGCUAUGCUGCUGUUAGAGGCUAUGUUUCUGAACCUUUGUUCUGGACCCUUCUGCUUGGGAUAUACGGUUUUUCAAAAUUUAUCAAGAGGAGAGAUGAUGUUUCAUCCGCAAUGCCUGCUGCAGCCGUCCUCGCUGCUGUUGGAGAGCCUUGGGUUAGAGUUUUGGUGAUUAUCUCGUUCACGGCCUUGGCUAUUUUUCAGUAUUCCAAAACCCUUUCAGAAGGGAAAGAAGUUGAAGAAGUUGGAACGCAGGAGAGGAGGCUUCCAAUUCCACUUCUUCUUGUUGCUUUAGCUAUUGGCUUACGAGUUGGUGCUAAAUGGGCUGGGUAUAGGCACUUGACAUGGAUGAUCGUAUGACCACAAAAACCUGAUAUAUCUGAGUUUGAAGAAGAAUGGAAGAAUGGUGGUCUAUAGAGUUGAGGUAGGUUUUGAUAUAGAUAGAAAGGGUUGUUAUUCUGUUCUCCUUGUUGCAAUUGUUGUAGUGUUUUUUCAAUGGUUUUAAAAGGGAGCAAAGGAUCACAAGGCUGUGCUUGUGCAUAUAAGCUUGUAAUUUGACUGUUCCAGUAAAUGCAUUUGCAAUUUUGAUUUAUUAAAGGAAGCAUAAUUAAGUGCC